AUGAGAAAAUCUGUCUGCCGGCUCCGGACGUGGAUGGAUAAAUACUACGCAAUUGGUGAGAACUGGCACCAGAUCAAGCCUUUCAUCAUCGCCGUCAACGAGUUCAACUUCCUCGUACUCCAAUACCGAACAUCAGGUCUCGCACCUGUUGGUCCGGAAGCUGAGAACACAGAGAUCGAUACAGCGUACCAGUCUGCAGCUGCCGAUGGGAGAGGGAAAGAGACCGAGCAGUGCCACGGUGCUCCAGGCGAGCAAGUGGAAGACAUGGAGUCGAGCUUGGUCCGGAUCCUCCACAUGGCUAUAGACAUGCUGGCCAGGGUAUUGAAGGGCCUGAGCCCCAUGGGUAGAUCGUACGGGGUCGUUUUGUACGCCUGGACAUACAAGGCCGCCCACAUCCUCCCACCACUGGUAGCGGAGCUCAAGAAGCAGGCCGCGAAGCUACAAGAGCUCCUGACGAGCUUUGGUAUCGAGGUUGAGAUCGAGUUUGAGCCGUUCGACUACGAGAUGACCGCGUCGGACGCGAAUCCCGUAGAUAAGAGGAGGUGUCGGUUGUCCCCGAGAAUAAACGUUCCCAGCAGAACACGGGAGUGGUGGAACAGACUCCGGGCAAAGGCACAGCAACCCGCAAUUCUUGGGCUCUCUAGCGGCCCAGCAAUGCCGGAUCUGGAGUACUGGCUGCUCAAGCAGAGGUUCCGCUCUGUUCCCAUCGGAGCAAGCGGUAUCGUGACGACAAUUGAUACCAGCCAACGCCCUCAGGACUGGAGCAUAGAUGUCAAGCACGCAGACCUGAAGGAGGCUGAAGCCUGCAGCGAGGCUGUAGAGCUCGACGAGGAGGCAAGGGGAUCGGUACGGUCUGCUAUCACAGCAUAUGAACGAUUCCGGACCAAGAUCUCCAGCAGCAGCAACAGCAAUGGUGUCAUCAUGCUUUGCCAUAAGGUGGGCACACGCAUCAAGAGGUACGAGGACGUUUUACUUCGUGGCAUUCCGGAGGAAACGACUGUUGGCUUCCCCCAAGGGACGCUAGGACUAGAAUAA